CAGUAAGUGGCGAGUUGGGGUCUUUUUGCUUGUCCCGCGACUUAUGGUCAGGCUCUGUGUGUGUACUCCGUUACUCUAGCAAUCAACAAUUGUGGCAUUCAAAACUACGUGGCUAUGAAGAGGCUGAAGAGGUCUUUCUUUUUCCAAGUCUGAAGUUCAAUCUGAUCUCUUAAGAGGCCGAGGUGUCAUUCGAAGCGGUGGAUCGUGCGUGUUUUAGGACAGCUGCUUUGUGGCAAAUAUAUUUUUGCGCACUUGUUGGACGUCGGAGGAUAGUAUUGCUUUCAGCAAAUGCAACGGGUCAUUUUCGAAUUCGGUUUGUAGACUGGAGAGGGAUGUUAGGAACCUAGAUUGUGAUUCGCAUGCAGUGAGUGAGUCUUGAUGUAAGGUAGGACUGCUUGAGGAGUUUCCUUGGAAUCGAUCAACCAAAACUUGUUGCGGAGAAAUCUAAAUUUGUGAAGAAGUGUGGCAAUUUUGGCAACAUGUCUCCACCAAACAACUCCUUGAUGCAGUCCCACAAUGUGAUAAUUGUGGGGAAUGGAGACCAGUAUGUAGUCCUAAGCCAUGGGUUUGGAUCUGACCAGACGGUGUGGAAAUACGUCUUGCCGUAUAUCAUGAACGACUACAAGGUGAUUCUGUAUGAUUUGAUGGGCGCUGGAAGCACCUCCGCAGAUGAUUUCAGUUUCAAUCGUUACUCCUCGCUUCAUGCCUACGCGGACGAUUUGCUGACUAUUCUGGACGAACUGGAGAUAAAGAGCUGUAUGUAUGUUGGCGCCUCUGUGUCUGGAAUGAUCGGUUGUCUAGCGUCGAUUGAGCGGCCCGAAGUGUUUAAGAAGCUUAUUUUGUUGGGAUCAUCGCCCAGAUACUUGAAUGACGUCAAUUACUUUGGGGGAUUUGAACAACAAGAUCUCGAACAAAUUUAUGGGGAUAUGAAAUCGAAUUUUAGAUCAUGGGUGACAGGCUUUGGAGAGUUGUUGGUGGCAGCCGACCUCCAGAGCCGAGCAGUGCAGGAGUUCUGCCGAACAUUUUACUCAAUCAGACCCGAUAUUGCAUUAAGCAUUACGAGAACCAUCUUCCAGAGCGACUUGCGCUCCACAUUGCCACUCGUGAAAGUGCCAGUGCAUCUCCUUCAAACCAUGAAGGACAUGGCGGUGCCGCUACAGGUGGCGCACUAUUUGCAACAAAAUUUGGGCGGGUGGACGACCAUGGAGAUUCUAGACACGGAAGGCCACUUGCCGCAUUUGAGUGACCCUGGGGUGGUGAUAGCUGCGCUCUUGCGAUGUUUUGCAUCAUGAUCUAUGAAAAGUAACUCCCUGAAAAAAGAGUUCCCUAAAGUUGGAGGAAUAAUAUCUCCAGCAGCGAUUCUUUCUGCUUGUUCACCAGAGCAUGCCUGCGAUGAAGUCGCUCACUCACAAUGGAUGCGUACAAGAUUCCAGAUAACUGUCGUUUCAUACUUCACUACAAACCUUGCGGCUGUGACCCAUGCGGUCCUGGUAACUCUCUCAGAUCAGAAUCUCUGCAUUUUAUGCAAUCAGAGAGAGUCUAUAUAGAGUUGUGUGUCGCAAGGCGAACACGCCGAUUUUCCAAAAACUUCUUUAGAGGCUAAAUAUCUAGGAGAACCCCAUGAACUGCCCAGUUGAAAAGGUUCGAUUGUGGUUACAAAUCAUUCAUUCGCCUAGCUGUGGCAUAGUAAAGCGAACUCAAUUUAUUUUUUUCUAUUACCCAUGUACAUAUUACUACGGGCCGAUCAACCAACAUCCUCGUUAACUCC